AUGUACCGACUGAUUCGUGUGCAUCCUAAUGACACUCAUUACCAGAGAAUUUUUUGGCGAGAAAAUUCAUCCGACCCAGUAAAGGUAUUGGAGCUGACAACAAUAACGUAUGGUACUGCCUCUGCACCGUUUCAAGCCACUAGAUGUCUGAUACAGCUUGCAAAAGAAGAAGAAUCGAAUUUUCCCAUAGCAUCCAAUAUCAUUCGCAAGGACUGUUAUGUUGACGACGUGAUAUCUGGAGCAGAUACAUUCGAAGAAGCUAACGAAGCUAUCAAUCAACUGAGAAGAAUGCUAGCGAAAGGUGGUUUUCCAAUUCGCAAGUGGUGCUCCAAUUCAACACAACUAUUGCACAAUCGUCCUAUUGAAGAACAAGAAACGUUGAAGCCCUGGAAAGACCGAUCCAUCAAUAGUGUGACUAAAAUACUUGGUCUGACGUGGAACCCGUUAUCCGACGAACUGCUGAUUGCUGGUGAGUUAGAACAUAUUGAAGAUCAAAAACGACGAACUACGAAACGACGAAUAUACUCCGAGGUAGCAAAGCUGUAUGAUCCAUUGGGAUUAUAUUCCCCAACAGUUGUGUUAGCUAACUCGUGCAACAGCUUUGGAAAUAAAAUAACGAUUCCUCGUCAAGUGACAUACAACGGAGCUAUUGAUUUUGAGUUGCAUGGCUUUGCAGACGCCUCCAAUUUAGCUUAUGGCGCAUGUGUAUACGUGCGAAGUUUGUUUCCCGAUGGCUCAGCAAAAUGUCGACUGGUGAGUUCAAAAUCGAAGGUCGCCCCGCUACACGAAUUGACGAUUCCACGCAAGGAAUUGUGCGCCGCGUUACUGCUGACACGACUGGCGAAGAAGAUUAUUGAUGCUGUAGAAAUGAACUUUUCUCAGAUAAUGUUGUGGACUGACAGCCAAAUUGUACUUGCUUGGCUGAAGAAAAAUCCCGACCGAUUGCAAACCUUCGUCAAAAAUCGCGUGAUGGAAAUUCGCAAUGGUUCGGGAGAGUAUCAAUGGAACUAUGUGAAAUCGUGUGAUAACCCAGCAGAUGUGGUGUCCCGAGGCCAACUACCAACGAUCCUUGCACAGAACGACAUGUGGUGGAAUGGUCCCAAUUUCCUUACCACAUCAACCAUCAUUCUUGAAACACUGAACGACGUCCCGGAAGAAGAUUUACCUGAAAUGAAACCAGUGAUCAUGAGUCAUUCAGCAACAAUAUUGGAAUUGCUUCCGGUAUUUAGCAAGUACAGUUGUUUCCGAAAGCUGCAAAGAGUGAUCGGUUGGAUUCUACGAUUCAAAAAUAACUGUCAUCAAAAUCAUAUCAUUCAACGCCAUUUGACAGUAGCAGAAAUUCGAGAGUCAACGACAACAAUCAUACGAGUGAUUCAGCACAUAGAGUUUGGAGAUGAAAUUCGGCGUCUCAAGUCUGGUCUUCAAUGCAAGAUUCUUGGCCCUCUGAAUCCAAUUUAUGUCAACAAUUUACUACGUGUGGGUGGAAGGCUGAAAAACUUCAAUUUAAAGAAUGAAUCAAAACAUCAACUCAUCCUUCCGAACAAGAACAUUGUGACUGCACUAAUAAUUAGAACAAUGCACAACGAACUUCUGCACAUUGGAGUUUCAGGGUUGGUAUCAGCAACUCGACAGCGCUUCUGGAUUAUCAACGCUCGUUCAACGGAUCAAAAUGAAGUCAACCAAAUAGAGAAGUUUUGCCUGAACCGAGAAAUGGAAUGGCAUUUCAUUCCGCCAGACGCUCCCGAAUUCGGCGACCUCUGGGAGGCGGCCGUAAAAAGCACAAAGACACACCUGAAGCGAGUUCUUGGAAAUGCUUUGUUAACAUUCGAAGAAAUGGCUACUAUUCUAUGCGAAAUUGAAGCCAUCCUUAAUUCAAGACCACUAUUUGCUAUCUCUAACGACCCAACGGAUCCGGAAGUUAUCACGCCAGCACAUUUUCUCAUAGCUAAGGUUCGUAGCGCUGUCGACCGGUUUCGAAACCGGCACCAAAUCGUGUUCAUUAUUGCCACUAUUGACCGCCUUUACCAAUGGAUCUUUACCUUUGUCUACUUCCUUCCUUUGGCGGAUUGCUUCAUUGCCGAUCAAAUGCUCCAGUCGCGCUUCUAA